AUGAGCUCGGAUCCGCUGCUUCCCAUCGCUCCUGCGAGGGUGAAGGCGCUUUUGCUGCCCCUGGGCAAGAUCAGGGCCGAACGAUUUGCGGCCUUUGCCGAAAGACUUCAGCUUGAGCAGGUUGUCCAUCUCAGAGACAUCAGCGCCGAUGGGCGUCCCAACAGAAACAUGUUCUCGCCAUUGGCGUAUCCGGACGGCGCAAUGCUCUACGACCUCAUCACCCACGUGCCGCCGCCAUCCCAUCUCGCCUUGACGCCGUUUGACCUCUACCGGCAGCCGCUUGUGCUCAUCGCGCUGGCAGACGGGACCGAGCUCCGGGAUGCUCUGUUCAGCAGCCGACGUUCCGGCAGCGGAGCGACGGCAGCGUCGACGGUCGAGCGGAACAUACGGGCGCUGCAUCAGGAGCUGGAGGACCUGCGCGACAAUUACCCCAAGGCGCUGGUCCAUCACCUGCUUAUUUUCGACUACAUCGCUCCCGAGGGGGGUGGAUUCGCCAUGCCGGAAAGCGGAAUCGUCGGCGUGCCGCCUCUAGGCUUGUGUAAGCGAACGACAAUCAAGACCAUCAUGUGCGGCAUCUCAUCGUUGCUGCUGGCCGAGAUGGCGACGCUCGCCAAAUCCUUCGAAGCCAUGACCACGAUCGAGUCCCCCGGCUUGUAUCCCUCGUCCAACUACCUUCACAGCACGGGCUGGGGCGACGGCGGUGGCGGUGGCGGUGGCGGAAACGGGAACCCGGUCACCUCGUCGAGGCGAAGCUCCCAGCUCUCCAUGCCCCAGCAGCGGCUCUCGCGGUCCAGCUCGGUGCCGGAUGCUGUUGACAAGGUUCAAAGCCGCACGUCUACGCCGCCCACGGUAUCUCGCUCUUCCAGCAAUGCCGCCACCACGGGCCGGCCGUCGACGCCUCCUCAGAGUGAACCGUCCACCAGGCCGAUGAGCCCCGAGGGCGGACAGGGCGGCUCCAGCACCGCGCCGUCAACUCCGGAGCAGAAGCCGCAGAGGGUGGCGUCGGACCUUGACCGGACCCGUGACGCUGGCCGAGAUCGAGUGUCAGUCCACGGCUUCGGUUCCGGCGGCGCCAACGACCGCUGGCGCCUUCGUGGCAAAGGACGCGCAUCCGUUGUCAUCGGUUCCAUGUAUUUGCAAGCAGGACGUUGGAGCGACUCGCUCAAGGAGCUCUCGGAAGGCGCCACAGCCGCGCGGUCCUUGAACGACCACGUCUGGCAUGGCAAAGCACUGGAGCUUAUUCUGAUAAAUCUCCUGCUCCUCGGCUGGUCCAAACUCGAGUUCCAGAUACCGACCGUCUGUCUGCCCCAUCAAGAACGAGCUCUCACCGGAUCGAGCCACGCAAAGGCCGACGAGCUCGCCGAUGCUGGUCAACCGAGGCAUGUUCGUCACCUCGAGCUCUUGCUCCCCGAACUCCUCGAAAAAAUCUUGGGCCUGUAUUCCCGGAUAUCCGGCGAGAAUCUACCUCCACUUCCCCUCGCCGAGACCACGAUCCGCUUCUGCAAGAUUCUGUCGGCCCUGCAUUUGAACGACGGCAAGCUAAGUCAGCAAGCCUUUGGGAUCAUCGUCACGGGUCAGUCGCCUCUGUACAAACUGACAACGUCUCGACUGUCCAUUUCGCCUUCGAGACAGCAGAUUGUGGGUAUCCUGUUCAAGGCGUUUCCUUCAUCCAGCCCCGAACUCCUCUCUGUCGCGGACAGGACGUCGAUAUUAAGCGGGAUUGCCGGCGUUCUCGGAUCCCUUGGAUAUAAUCGGAAAAAAGCCAUGGUGAUUCGCGAACUGGUGUCGGUCCUCAUCGCAGGCCUAGUAGAGGCCCGCACACGCGGUGCCGCCGAAGCCGGUGUUCACCCUGCGGCCGGGCUGGUUCCCCUCAUACCGAGACCGGACAAGACCAACGUCGCGGGAAUGGCGCUGGAUCUGGGACAAGGCGACAUUGAGCACGGCAUCGAGGCGUUUCUUGAUCUGCUGUGCAAGUCGUACGGCGUCGUCGGAUUCGACACCUUGGCGGGCGGGCAAAAGGAGGAGGCUGGCCAAACCCGCGACGACUCUGACGCAACCGCGAAAGCGCGCGUGCUCGCGCAGACAGGUGCUCGGUUCAUUGGGUUCACGGAAAUCAAGCUCAACAUCCUGCGGGCUUGCAUAAACUUCUCUGAAGCGCUCCCGGACUUCAACGGCGUGCUUCGAUUCUCGAGCGACCUGAUGCGCACCGCUGGAUCGGGCGUGGCUCCGGGCCCGAAACGCGAAGAUGCGGCACCCCGUAUCCACGCGGAGGAGCAGGUUCGUCUGGUGACGAAUAUUGCUCGCACUGCCAGCCUCGCCGCAAGGAUUGGUCUCGGCGACUUGACAGCCGAAUAUUGGGACGAGUUUCUCGUCCGCGGAAUCGCACUGGAGCCGCUGCCGAAAACCCGGACCCCGAUCCCGCACGCCAAGAGUGUUCUCCCGGGGGCCGUCGCCUCGAGAGCGUCUCAGGACGUCAACCCGUUCAUAUACAACCCGUUUCUCAGGGAGCCGGACGAGGUCCCGGCGGAGAACCUGGUGGCCGGCGAGCUGUCCACCUUUAGGGUGACGUUGCAAAACACCUACGACGUCGAGAUUGACAUUGAGAGCAUGCGCCUGGUCGCCGAGGGCGUCGAGUUUGAGGCUGUUCCCGAGGCUGCCCUGCUUGGGCCCUACCGCACCCAGCUCGUCCGGCUCCACGGCCGCCCCAAAUCAUCCGGCCCCAUCGAAAUCACGGGCGCCAUGGUCAAGAUUCGCGGCUGUCGGGAGCGCCGCUUCCCCAUCUUUGCCAAGCACUGGAUCCCGUCGCGGCCCGAAAAGGUCAAGGCCAGGGGGAUCUCCGCCGUCGAGGACAGGGACCCGGACGGGGCGGCGCCAUCGUCGCCCACCACGCCGGAUACAAAGGUGCUGGCCCUGAAUGUCGUCCAGCCUCAGCCGCUGGUGGUGGUGAAGUCGACAAGCUUGGCCCAGUCGUCGGUCAUGAUCCUCGAAGGCGAACGGCAGGUGUUUUCCGUAACCAUGCAGAAUACAUCCGCCACGCCCGUGGACUUUUUGCUCUUUUCGUUCAAGGACUCUACCCAAGAACCCCUGCAGGCGGCGCUACGCAACCGGGACGCCACCCCGGCCGAGCUGUACGAGUACGAGCUGAUUCUCAUGAAGAAGCAGGCUCUCAGGCUUCCGCGAAACGACCAGAGCCGGUAUAUCGAGCCUGGCGGAGAAGCUACGUUUGAAUUUGAAAUCUUGGGAAAACCCGGCCUGACGAGCGCUACCAUUCAGGCCGACUACACAUAUCUGGGGGUGUCGCGGGACGAAAUGCCGGAGCAAUUCCACACCCGGCAGGUGCUGUUGAACCUGACCGUCACAGUCAAUGCCAGCGUUGAGCUGACCCGCAUCGACGCAGUUCCACUAUACGGAGCGAUCCCGGAACCUCUGCGGCGACGCCUGGGCGCCAAGCACCCGUCGGAUCCCUGCCAAGAGUACUCCUUGCUCGCCCUUGAUGUUCGAAACGCAUGGCCCAGCCAGAUGUCUGUUCGGCUCGAGGGAGAAGACGGCAUGGUGGCCGAGGAAGACAUCCUGCCCGGAAAGACAAGCAGGCUGGUCAUUCCGGUGAAGAGGGUGGGAGUGGAAGAUGCGCACGCCGCGAUACCAAGCCUCAACCCGUCCCGAAACAGACAGUUCGUCGUGAGCACCAGCAAGAUAUCACCAGACAGGGAGCGCGCCAACCGCGAAGCCUUUUGGUUCCGCGAGAAACUGCUCCAGAGCCUCCGGGCCACCUGGCGAACAACGUCGAGCCCCAGGCGCAGCGGAGCGGUGGAGCUGCGCAACAUCCGCCUGACCCCGCGAAUGAUUGAGGCCAUCAAAGUCGACGAGGUGGACGUGCGCGUGUCGGUCGAGGAAGCCCCCGACAGGGUCGCCUACGUCGACGAGCUGCUGCACCUGAAGGUGAAGAUCACCAACCGGGCGGCUAAGCCGGUUCUGCUGCUGGUGAGGGUGAUGCCGGCUCUCCGCCACCGGCCGCUCAACGUGGCGCUCGACUACACGAGGAAGCUGGCCUGGAACGGGGCUCUCCAGCAGCUCCUUCCCCGGCUGGGGGGCCACGAGAGCGCCGAGGUGGUGCUCGGCAUCAUGGCGCUCUGCAGGGGCGAGUUUGAGCUUGCUGCUUCGGCGGAGGAGGUGGAGGCGGAGGAGGUGGAGGUUGCCGAGGACAAGCCCGCCGGCGGCGGCGGGGAGCAGGACGCAGGCCGUCCUGACGACGGCUCGGACCUUCAGCAGCUGGUGGAUGCGGCCUUGGGGGUCAGGGACCGACGAAUGUGGCACACUCGGCAGCCUCUUAUUCUGACGGUUCGGGACAGAAGUUGA